UAAAUGGGCAUUUAGCUGUGAUGUAUUCCAUUUUAUUCUUAUAUCAAGUAAUGUCCUUUGUGUCUUUCUAGCUGACCAUGGACGUUAUAGAUCCCAUUCUGAACAUUGCCACAGAGAUCUACUGCCUGGUUGAGAAAGUGAAGGCCAAUAAGAAGAGAUGCCGCCGUGUUUCACAACGAGUAAAAGCCUUGGAGGACCUGGUAAGCUCCAUCCAGCAGAAGAAAGCAGUCAGAACCUGUGUGGAAGUUGAAAAAGCCCUCAAGGAACUGCGCAUCACGCUGGAAUCAGCACAGGAGCUCAUUAAAAGAUACACAUUGGCCACCUGGGUGGAGCGCAUCCUGAACUCCAACAGCCAUGGAGAUGAGUUCAGCAGUGUGAACGAACGUCUUAAUGACGCCUUCCAGAUCCUGUCCGGAGCUCUGCAGGUGGAGCACAGCAACAUGCUGUACAAGGUGUUUGAACUGACCUCCAGAGAAAAAGAAGAUGAGGUGGAUAGGAUGGAGGACGAAAAAGAGCUGCAGAGAUUGCUGCUGGAGCACGUGAAAGAUCUGAAGGAGAAAACAGAAGCCAUGGUGAAACAGCUUGAUCAUGUCAGUGUCAACGUGGAUAAAGUCGUGGAGAUGUGUGCUGAUUGCAGCUUUCACAGCAGCACAAAUGAACCGUCCUAACCAUGCAAACAGAUAUGAGCUGAUUUGUAACAAAACAAGCAGGUUAGAUGUGAAAUCACAGCCACAUGCUGUGAAUACACAGUAUUUACCUGCCAUAAUAAACUAAGCACGCAGGGCAACCUACACUCAGUGACAGAAGACAUGUAAUGCCAACAGUGACACCAAAUUAUGCAGGUAGUCAGUUCUUAAAGCUCCCUGCUGUGCAGAGGCAGGUGUUGGUGGUAAAUAGCAUCAUCAAUGUGGCUCGUCACACAAUCAGUCCACCUCUUCUGCAACUUAUUAUUCAGAGGAAAUUUCAAGAGGGAGACCAAACUGUUCUACAAAAGUUGCAUUUGCUGGACAAAAGCAUAGCUAGCUGGAAAACUGUAGGGUAUAGAAGAUGUAACGUUUAAUUGGGAGACGCGCUGUACGGAGGGCUCAUCUUUUACAUCCAUUCAAUGGGUCACACUAUUCUAUGUGUUCAGAAACAAAUCUCUGAAUUUCCUUUACAUAGACUUUAACCCAAACCAAAACCAGGAAAAGCUGGAAUAUUUUUAAGAUUUUGG